UGACUUAAAUGUCUUAUCUAAGAUCCCAUAAAUGCCAACGUUAUCCUUAUAAGUAUAAAAAUGACGCAAAAUAUUUUCAAAAAGGCUGCGACAAGAACUUUCACUACUAACAGUAACAAAAAUGAAGUUCCUCGUUCUGGUUUUACUGUGUACCACUUCCGUAUGGACUAAAUCUUAUCUUCGGCGAAUACCUGACGAUAAACCUGCACCAAGAAUAAUCGGAGGAGAUCUUGCCAGAGCCGGUCAGUACCCGUGGUUAGCAGCCAUUUAUAAAUACACAGAAGAUGGUCGAUAUUUUUGUUCAGGUUCUCUCUUCAACGAACAGUGGAUUCUGACUGCUGGUCAAUGUGUAUAUCUUGCUACAAGCUUCAUUAUACAGUUGGGCUCGAAUCUCCUCCAAGGAGAAGACGAAAAUCGACUAACUCUAGGCGCUUCAACAUACUACUAUGAACCACGAUUUGAUCCACAACUACUACUACACGACAUUGGCUUGAUCAAGUUGAAUAUUCCCAUAACCUACACUGAUUAUAUUCACCCUGUGCGGAUGUUGUCAAGCAUGGGUCCUAUCUACCAAGGUCGAGUUGUAGAAGCUGCGGGUUGGGGGCAAGUCAGUGAUGACAGUGCUUUAGUCAAUGAACUUCGUUUUGUCGAAAUGACUAUUCUGGGUCAAACUGCAUGUCAAACUUACUAUGGAGAACAACUGUGGGGUAGUAUGUGUUGUGCGGAAGGCAAUUAUAAUGAGGGACCUUGUUACGGAGAUACUGGUAGUCCGUUGAUGACGGCCGCUCUUGUUGGAAAUCACACCAUUCAAGUGGCCAUUGCCAGUUUUAUAAGUAUCAAUGGUUGUGAAAGUCUUGAUCCAACUGGGUAUACUAGAGUGGAUGCUUAUUAUAACUGGAUAGUCAAUACUACAAGAGAUAUGUAAUACCAUUAUCAGAAAAAUAAUAAAGCAAUCUAAUUAUUUCCGAA